UCGAACAGCCUGAUCUGUCAUCUUUGUUUUUGUACAGCACACAGAGAAAGUGCAUUUUACGCAAAAUAAAUACGAUUACACCUUAUAUUUAGCUAUCAAAUGGAUUCUAACUGCUCGACGCACUAAUUAACUUUCUAUUUGCCGCUAAAGUUUAUUAACAUUGCACUUGCGUGCAAUGGAAGGCACGGCGGCGCUCCGCGGCGCGGCGCCGCGCUGGAGCCUCGCCGGUGACCAGCAGCUCUUAGACCUGCUUCAAGACAUACAUCAGAGAAUUAUCUCAAAAUGCAACGAGACAAACAAGAGAUUGGAAGAGAUGUCGCGAGGUCUACGAGACGCCAGCGUCAACUUACAGAAUGUCAAUAACAAGUUUCUAGCUCUGAGCAACACGCAGUUUGUGGAGAGCCGCGUAUAUGAGGACGACGCUGAUGUGACACCCCCCGCUGUCGAGAAGGAACCGCCAAAACCUAAAGACCUAGCUUCAGACCUAACGAAGCUGAAAGAGAGUCUACAAAUCCUGGAGAGCUACCACGAGCCCCUUCUUAUCGUGAGGGACAGUGACAGCGAUAGUGAUAGUGAUGACAAUGACGACAGGUUGGUUCUAAAACCUAAAGACCUGUACGCCGACAGACCUCUACCCUACAUCAUAGGAUCUCAAGCGUGGAAGAGCAAAUGGCAUGCAGGCCUGGUUCCUGAUGAGAGUGACUCUGACAGCUCAACAUCGAAGGUUGAAGAAGUGGAACAGUAUUCAGAGUCUGAGGAAGAACGGCCCGUGGAACAUUAUAUGCCUGAUAGGACGAUGUCUACAAGCACGUUGUCUCUACAAUCGGAAGCGGCCGUCUCUGUCUCCCCUGUACGUCCGUCCCCUGCUGCCGUCGCGGCGGACUUAGCUCGGCGACUGGGAGGAGAUAUUAAGAUACCGGAAAGAGAACCAGUGUACACCCAACCGGAAACUGUCCCCCGGAAGUUGUACAAACCACAGGAGCCGCUAGCUACAACAAUUUUUCCCGAUGAGCCACCCCCACUAGAUGACCCGUCAAGUGACGAAGAUAUUUUCGCGGAGCUGCACAAAACUCAACCUAAACCCCAUAACAAUAGAGUCGACGAUCUGUUCGAUUUUAGCAACAAGCCGAGUGGGCUUGAAGAAGAGCUGUUUGGAACGCCGAAGGUACAAAGAAACCAAAACACAGACAAACCUCUGUUUCCCGAAGAUUCUGAACCGGAAAUACCUGAGACACCAAAGCCAGUUGUUAAAGAACCAUCUGAAGACAAUAUCAAAAAACCAGUUGGCGGCAUAUCCUUGUUUGGCACUAACAAGCACGCUGAAAGCAUAGGGGCAGCCAUCUUGAAACGGAACCGCCGGAAAUCAUCCACUUCCGGUGAUGAAAGCAACACUGAAGAGGUCCAAGUCAAAGAACCUGUCCAAGAUUUCAAAGAAAAGAAAGAGAGAGAUAUAUUCGAUGAUCUAUUUGCUAAAUCUGAGAAUCUGAAUAAAAAGAAUGUCAAACCUGAAGAUGUUAAACCAAAAGCAAUGCAUAAAGAAGUGACCCAACCAAAAGAAGCGAAAAAGGAUAUAUUUAGUGAUAUAUUUGAUGAUAUAGACGAUAUAUUCUCUAGUGAUAUUGUGGUACAGGUCAAACCGACUGUUAAAAAUGAUAAGUCUCUGUUUAGUGAUGAUGAUGAUUUAUUUGAUGAAGUGUCAACGGUUAAAAAAGAUAGUGAAAAAGAUAAUGCGAUUAGUGAAAAAUCUAAUUCGUAUGGUGCUAGGCCAAAAGUGGCUAUUUUAUCUGGUGUUACUAAUGUUGAAAAAGGUGAUGCUAAAAAGGAAAAUAAGGUUAUUAAGGAAAUAAAAGAAACAAAAAGCAUUUUUGAUUCAGAUAGUGAUGAUGGAUUAUUUACAAAUAUUUCUAAAGAUGUCAAACGCAAUAUAGAUACAGAGAGUAAACCUGUUGUUAAUAAACUAAAAGAUCAUUUACUGGAUGACGAUGAUGAUGGAUUGUUUACCAAAAGUAAUACCCAACCGAAAGUUGCUAAUAAUAUCGGUAAAAUGACUAAACUUAGCAAAAAGGCCGUUUUCGAUUCCGAUGAUGAGCUGUUUAAAGAUACGAAAAAUGUAAAUGAAGCAAAACUAUCUCAAACUAGUCCAAAAACUACUGUAGAUGUAAAUAUGGGUGAUCAGUUAUUUACAGCAGCUAAUGAUAAACCUGAGAAACAAUCAGACAAACCCGAUAUAAUUAAUUCAGUCAAUGUUAUGCGCAAUGAAGUUAAAAGUACUCCAGAAAUAAAUAUACCUACAGUACAGCCGACAGUGGCAGAUAGUAUAAACAAUGACAUUGACAAUAAUAUACCUCCUUUCGAAUCUCGGAACGAAUCAACUCAAGAAUCUAGCCAUGACGGUUUUGAUGAUGAAGAUACAAUGGAAUCAACUGUCAAAAAUAAUGACAAAUCUGCUGACAUCAAUCAAGAUUCUGAAAAUAAAGGUAGCAGUGGCCAAAUUAUUGAUGACAUGUUUAGGAAACCGAAUGAGCAGACAUAUUUUAGUGAAAAUAUUUUAAGAACUACAAGAAUAGCAGCGGACGAGAAAAACAUACCAGAGAAAUUACCAGAUAUUUUUAACGACUCUGAUGAUGAUUUGUUUAGAAGUAAACCAAAAAUUCCUAACACUGAAAAUGCUAAACAAAAUCAAGAAACAACAGCUGAAGCACAUUCAUCGAAUUUAUUUUCAACUUCUGACAAAAACGAUAUAUUUUCUGAUAUUUUUGAUGAUGUACCGCCAGUUUUCGAAAAACCGAAGGAGCCUAAAAAGUCUAAAAACGUAAAUGCUCUCUUUGAUGAUGAUUCCGAUGAUGAAGCCCUAUUUUUCAAGAAAAAUGAUGUUAUUACUGACGAAAAACCAGAUUUUAGUCCUAGCGAGGAAAGAUUUGGCAUAUUCAAUGAUGAACCGCCUGCGAUAGAUGUGGAUUUUACUCAAAAACUAAGUAAAAAAGAAGAAGGAAAAGACCCUCUAAAAUCGGGAAAAGUACCUACAAUGAUAGAUAAAACUGACAGUGUUCCAGCUCAACCCGUUGAGAGCGAAAAUAUUGGUAAAUCAGCUGAAGAAAGUGAAAAUGUAAAAAGCCGUGACGCUCAAGACACAACAGAUAAUACAUCUAAAGAACCCAAAAAAGUCGGUAAACUUAAACCUAUGAAUAUCAACAUAAAUGUUAACUCUCUGUUACCAGGAGCUUCUCCUAAAAAGAAACAAGUUGAAAAUGUCGAAGUUAGGCAAGAAUACAUAGCAAGUAAUGAAGAAUUAUAUAAAACUGAUAAAAUCGAACCUAACAUCGUAGAAUCUAUCAGUUUUGAUGAUCCAAAAAUAUUGGAUAACAAAAUUUCAAAGGAAAGAGCUAAAAUACAAGUAAAAAGACGACCCUCGACCAGACGGGCUAGGAAAGAAGCUGUCAGGAAAUCUACCAUCGAUUUUACAGAUUCUAGCUUUGAUAGUUCUAAUGAUAACAGUACUAAAGAUGAAGUCAAAGAGAAAAUCGUUAAAACAGUGUACAUUUUGAACGAUGAUGACAUUUUUGGCUCAACAAAAAGUAUAGAACCUACGAAGAAACAUUUGAACAUAGUUGAUUCUGAUGAGGAAUUAUUCAAAAAACCAGAAAACAAAACUGAAAAAGAUGUUAGAAGAAACGAUAGUAAAUCUGUUAAACCACCUGCUGUUGAAAAGCGAUCUUCGUUUGAUUCUAAUGAGAUUGAUGAUAUGUUUAAAAAAUCAAUGAAUACGAAAGAUAUUUCAAAUGAUGAAGUAGAUAAAAUACAUAAGGUGUCUCCAAAUGAAGAGAAAGCUGAUUUUGAUGAUAAUGUAGCUACGGUAGUUGACGAAAUAAAAAGGGAAAGUGUCAGUAAAAAUUUAGAAAAUAAAUCAUAUUUAGAUUCAGAUGACGAUGAUGAUUUAUUUAGACCGACCAAUAAAAAAUCAUCAGUAAACAUAACCAAUGAGACUGAUUCUGAUGAAAAACUCUUUAAAAAUGCUCAAAAAACUACAACAGAUACUAAAAAAGUGAAAGCUCCUAGUCUAUUUUCGAAUUCAGACGAUGACGAUUUAUUUAAAGUAAAAACAAAAAUAACUAAACCAGAGUUUAAAAGAAAUAUUAGCUCAGAAGAUCUAUUUCAAAAUAAAGGCAUUGGCACUUUGGGUAAAGUUUACAAUAAAACGAUAGAUAAUAUCAAAGAAAAUAUAACAGAGGUAAAAGACACACAUAAUAUAUUUGACGAUUUCCCAGCAAAAUCAGUAGAGAGCAAUAUAGAAGAAAUACAGCAAAGUAAAGUAAAAGAACCAAUAGUAGAGACUGUAAAAGAAAACGUAUUAAAAGCUAAAAAAUCUAUACUAGACGAUUUGAGUGACGAAGAUGAUUUGUUCAAAAGUAAAACGAAGUUGAUAAGUAAUAAAAAAAAUAAGAGUCUUUUUGGAGAUGAUGGUGAUGAUGAUGAUCUAUUUGGGAGCAAACCUGUUAAAGAAAUCAAACCGGAAGAAGUACCAGUCACCCUUCCUGUGAAGGAGCUGAAAGCAGCGGAGCCGGUGUUUGUGGAUCCUCUAUCACUAUUCGGUGAUGAUGAAUAACAUUUAGAACUGGCAAAUACGUCAACUGACACAGCUUCAACCCUAUACCAACCUUCGUGGUCACUAUCUCUCUCUGUGAUCGCUCACUCAUGACUGAGGAUCGUGGUCAUCAGUGGAUGUGGAUGCUCCACACCUGGUUCUUGUAAUCUGCCUCCAUCGGUGCCUGUCCAUCGCGUCUCUGACGACCGAGCAAAAGCUGGUUGAGGAUGGGGCCCCUUUCACUUGAUCGCUCCAUCUAGUUGGAGGCCGUCCCCGGCCUCGUUUGCCCUCCGUGUUUCCAACAAUGAUCAGCUUUUCAAGGCUUUCAUCUCCCCUCCUCAUUAUGUGGCCGAAGUAGGACAAUAUGCGCAGCUGGCAGACUGUGGAUAGGCGAGUUUGGACGCGCAUUAUAGGCGCGUUCAAAGUGUUAGAAACUGCUGACUCUCUAUUCUAUCUGACUGCUUAUUAUUCACAAUGACGGGACUUGGGGGGUUACCCGAGGUUUUCAUCGAUUUUUGACAAGUUUUGAAUUGUAUCUCCUACUAUUGAUGUCAACUUUAGCCAGUCUUCUCCGAGACCACGGGGACAACGCCGUCAUCGAAACGUCGGAGGUAAAUUUAAAACUUAUUUUACGCGAUUAAGUCCCGUCAUUGUGAAUAAUAAUGAGUAAAAAACGUGAAAGUUUAGAUCAGUUUUGUAUCAGACUGAUGUCAUACCGCUCCGAGUGAGACAGCUCUAUGCACGUAGAUAGCGAUGUCCCGCUCUCACUUUAGAGUGGUGUGCCGAUCAGCAUGCAAUGUGAAGACCGCCAAGAUGCCCAAGAUACAGUCUGGCAAAAAAGAGUAGAAAUUAAAAAGUGGCAACACUGUAGUGUCGUCCCUUUCAAAUCAAUCUAAGAAAAGCGGGACGACACUAGUGUUGCCAGUUGACUGUACAACUGCAGCAAGCAUUUUUUACCCGAAAUUAAAGGCCGUUCCAGACGGAAACAAUUUUUCACCAAGUGUGAGUGAAGUGUGGAUGUAAUAGGCCCAAUAGCCACAGCCUUAAUCCAGACACUAAAACGUCACUAAAAUUACAAUUCAUUUGGUAAAUUUUAGUAACCUUUUUUUUAAAGUUACAAUUAUGCAUUUUUUACUGACAUCAUGAACGCGCGCUUAACUAAUAUUCAGAGGGCCUACCGCGAACACCGAACAUCGCAAAUUGCGGGCAUCUUUCUCUGUCACUCUAAUUACGCCUUAAUUGGAGUAAAAGAAAAAGAUGCUCGCAAUUUGGGAACUUCGGUGUUCGCGAUAAACCCUCAGAGGUCUUUUGUCCAGUGUUGCCAGUAAAGGCUUGUAAAAUUGUAAGUACUCGCUUUAUUAACUAGGUCCUAGAUAGAUAUUUGAUAAUUUAUAAUACAUUUGUCAUCAGCUAUUUACAAUUAGUUAGGUAUACUCGUAAGUAUGUUGGUCAUUGUUAGUUUUAGUUAGUGGUUUGAAUUUACAAAAAAUAUAUUUAUUCGUUUCAAAUUUUAUAAAAAAAAAACAGUUUAUGAAAGCAUAAAAAACAAAUAUAUAUAUCGUAUCGUAUAUUCACGAGAUUAUUUUAUCAAUUAAAAAAAACUCAAUAUUUGAUGUUAGUAUUUGCGACGACAUUCCAUGUUAAUUUAUGAGAUUUUUAUAAAAGUUAAUAUUGUUUUAUUAGUAAUAAUUGAAUGGUCUAAUGUAUGAAAAUAAUGCUGUAUAAUGUGCCUAAUAUUGUAUAAUGAUUAUUGUUAUUCUUAUAUACUGAAAUAUAUUAAUGAUUUUUA